GGAGGAGCGAGAGUUGGAGCAGCCCCGGCUGAUCAGCGCUCUGCUCUCAGUCUCUCAGUCGCUCAUCACUGCUGGGAGAAGCUGCUUCGCUUUAUUUUUCUCUUCCGUUUUUUACCUCAACUCUCCCACACACACACGCGCACACACACACUCAAACACCCACACUCUGGCUUUGAUUAUACCGGCUCUCGAAUCUCUUUCAUAAUCGGACGAGUCGCGGACGUACGGCGAAGGGGGGGGGGGGGGGGGGGGGGGGGGAGAUUGGUCCCUCCAACUACAGCACCAUGUUGCCCUGGAGAAGGAGCAAGUUUGUUUUGGUGGAGGACCAGGCCAAGAGCAAAGCCAAGAGCCUCGGGGGCGCCGGUCUCACCUACCACUCCAUCCUCAGCUCCCUGCUGCACUCCUGCCCCGAUCUCCUGCCGGACUUCCACCUGAACUGGGUGAGCAGCCUCUUCCAGACCAAGCGGCAGAAGGUGGAGCUCAACAAGGAGGAGCCCGUGUACAACGCGCGCUACCUGGGCAGCGUGGUCACCAUCGCGGCCAAGGGCAGCGGCUGCACCCAGGAGGCCGUGGGCAAGAUCUGGACCAGGAGCAACUACGGCGAGCAGAGCCUGAAGAUGAGGCUGACGGUGGGGCCGCAGGGCCUGCGCAUGAGCCCCGACAAGAGGAAGAAGCCCACGCACGUCUACUCCCUGGACCGGAUCACCUGCUGCGCCGCCGACCCCUGCAGGCCCAAGAUCCUGGCGUGGGUCUACCGGCACCAGGUCAAGAACAUGGCGGUGGUGCUGCGCUGCCACGCAGUGCUGCUCAGCCGGUCGGAGAAGGCCCGCCGCGUCGCCCGCAGCCUGGACCGCAACGCCACCGCCGCCUUCGGCGAGUUCAAGCGGCUGAAGCGCCAGAGCGACUUCCGGCACCGGCAGCAGCUGCUGCUGGGGGAGGACGCCGUGCCGCUGAUGCCCAUCCGGAGGCUGCUGAACGGGCAGUGCCACUACCGGCCCCCUGCCGACGGCCCCGCAGGCAGCUCAGCCCGCCUCGCCCCCAUCGCGGAGGAGGAGGAGGGGGAGGGGGAGGGGGAGGGGGAGGGGGAGGGGGAGGGGGAGCAGCAGGAUGAAGAUAAGGAACAGAGGGCGAAGGAGGAGGAGGAGGAGGGGGAGGUGGAGGACAAAGACCAGGACCAGAGGGAGAAGGGGAAGAAGGAGGAGGGAGUGAGAGAACAUCAGGGCCAUCCGGGGAGGCCGAGGGUUUUAACCACCAGCAGGGAUCCCACGCAGCUGCUGUCGGAGCUGGCGCUUGGGGACAUCGCCGGGCUGGAGGACUGCCAGAUCAACUUUGUUAAUGACCGCAACAACAAUACCUUCACCUUCAUCACCUCCCUGGUGUGAGUAGCAGUGUGGAGCUAAAACAGAAAAAAAGGAUUCAAAUUUCCACAGAACAAAAAAAAAACGAUUCCUCUCCUGUUCUCUUUCUCUUCGCUCUCCUCUCUUUAUUU